CUGUGGGCAGGAUCAGUGCUUUUCCUCCAAGCACCAGACACCUCACUGGACCCUGGAGGAACUGUCCUUCCAUGAUGUGGCUCUGUGCUUUGGUCCUGAUCUCUCUCUCUGCUUGCCUGACUCAGGGACACCCAUCCUCACCACCCGUGGUAAACACCAUACAUGGCAAAGUCCUGGGGAAGUAUGUCCACUUAGAAGGAUUCAAACAACCUGUGGCCGUCUUUCUGGGAGUCCCCUUUGCUAAGCCCCCUCUUGGCUCCCUGAGGUUUGCUCCACCACAGCCUGCAGAGCCCUGGAACUUUGUGAAGAAUGCCACCUCCUACCCUCCUAUGUGCUCCCAAGACCCAGCGGCAGGGAAGCUCCUCUCAUCACUCUUCACCAACAGAAAGGAGAGCAUCCCUCUCCAGUUUUCUGAAGACUGUCUCUACCUAAACAUUUAUACUCCUGCCGACCUGACAAAAAGCACAAGGCUGCCGGUGAUGGUGUGGAUCCAUGGAGGUGGAGUGGUGGAUGGGGGGUCCACCUACGAUGGGCUACCCCUCUCGUCUCAUGAAAAUGUGGUUGUAGUGAUCAUUCAGUACCGCCUGGGCAUCUGGGGCUUGUUCAGCACAGGGGAUGAACACAGUCGGGGGAACUGGGGUCAUUUGGACCAGAUAGCUGCACUGCACUGGGUCCAGGACAACACUGCCAACUUUGGAGGAGAUCCAAGCUCUGUGACCAUCUUUGGAGAGUCAGCAGGAGGUUUCAGUGUCUCUGUUCUUGUGCUGUCUCCCCUGGCCAAGAACCUCUUCCACAGGGCCAUUUCCCAGAGCAGUGUGGCCCUUAAUCCUUGCCUGUAUGGGAGAGAUGCCAGACCUCUAGCAAAGAAAGUGGCUGCUCUUGCUGGCUGUAAAACCACCACCUCAGCUGUCAUGGUUCACUGCCUGCGCCAGAAGACAGAGGAUGAGCUCCUGGAGGUCGCUCAGAAAAUGAAGUUUGGUUCUCUUGAUUUUGUUGGAGACCCCAGAGAGAGCUACUUUUUGCUUCCCACUGUGAUUGAUGGAGUGGUGCUGCCAAAGGCACCAGAAGAGAUCCUGGCUGAGAAGAGCUUCAACACUGUGCCCUACAUGGUGGGCAUCACCAAGAAAGAGUUUGGCUGGAGCAUGCCUAUGAUGAUAGGCUUUCCACUUUCUGAAGACAAACUGGACGAGAAGAGGAUCGCUUCCCUUCUUUGGCAGUCUUACCCGAUCCUUAACAUCUCUGAGAGUCUGAUUCCAGCUGUCAUUGAGAAGUAUAUAUCAGGGACAGACAACCCCAUCAGAAAGAAAGACCUUCUCCAGGACUUAAUGGGAGAUGUGAUGUUUGGUGCCCCAUCUGUGAUUGUGUCCCGUGGCCACAGAGAUGCUGGAGCCCCUACCUACAUGUAUGAGUUUCAAUAUCGGCCAAGCUUUGUAUCAGAAAUGAGACCCAAGACAAUGGAAGGAGACCAUGGUGAUGAUCUCUUCUCUGUAUUGGGAGCUCCCUUUUUAAAAGAUGGUGCCUCAGAGGAGGAGAUCAGUCUCAGCAAGAUGGUGAUGAAAUUCUGGGCCAACUUUGCUCGGAAUGGGAACCCCAAUGGGGAAGGGCUGCCCCAUUGGCCACAAUAUGACCAGAAGGAAGGGUACCUGCAGAUUGGAGUCCCAACACAGGCAGCUCAUGGGCUGAAAGACAAGGAAGUGACCUUUUGGACUGAGCUCAGGGCCAAGGAGGCUGCAGAGAAACCAACCCAGACGAAGCACGUUGAGCUCUGAUCAGGAGGCCCAGCCAGAUCUGAGAGCCUGGAGCCAGAUAAAGGGGUAUUCCACAGAAGUUGUUUCCAAAUAAAAGCAUCCUAUUUUUGAAGACAUAGACACAUAUGGGAUGCUAUAUAAACACAAUGGAAAAAGACAUAGAGUUGUGUAGCAUACUGUACAAACAUAAUAAGGAGAAACAUUUGAUUUUAUGUUCUCAAAUUUUAAUAUUACAAAACCAUUCCCUUGGAAAUCAAACCAGAGUCUUUGGCUCUAGAUGAAUCUAUGGGCCUUAGACAGAGAAGUAGGGAGAUCCAACAUCAUAAGAUGUCACCUCUGCAAGGUGUGGAUAAAUGAUUGACUGCCCUACUGUCAAAGGAAACAGGAGCACUGUGAGAGACGUGAGAUUUCUCUGGUGCCACUUUGUCCAGGGUCCACACAAAGACCCACGCAUCCCAGAGAGGGCAGGAAUGACAGAACAGAGAAAUGAUCCCACCCAAGAGAGCACUUAUAAAACAAUUUACACACAAUUUAAGAAUAAUGAACACACCUGAAAGACACAGUGUAAUAAAAUAUAGACUGCCAUUCAAAGGUGGUAGAUUUGGGUCCCAUAAAGCAGUAAUGGGGAUAAAAAAAAGACUGAAAGAUAGCAGGACAAACAUCAGGCCCUUUAUAUUCAUGCCUACACCCAUGGCAUAUUGCACCAGAAGGACAGAAUCUACUCUACGGGCCUGGCAGUUGUGAUGCAUAUAGCUUUUUUUAACAUGUAUGAACUAGCCCUGCUUACUGUCUGUGGCUGUGCUCUGUUUUGGUGAAAUAUUCCUUUCCUUUCUGACCAUCUCCUAGGGUCUCUGUCCCAUCUCUGGCUUCAUGCUCAUAGCUUCAUCUCUGAGCAUAUAGACUGCUGAUGGUUAUUCAGAUCAUGGCACACAGUGUCUGCUUUUCCUUUAAUGCAUGUCAAGGCUUCCAUGAACCACCAAUUUGCAUUCUGUGUGCCUGCAGAAGCAGCAUCACGAAUAAUGGCAAAGUCUAUCCCCAAGUGGUGGGGCAGGCAGGCUCUGAGAAGAGUUGUAGGAGUCCCUGAGGGCCUAGGGGUCAGAAUGCAGGGAAAAUCUCUUGUGGCUUGUGUGAUUAGGACACCAUGGAGAAUUCUCUUCCCAAAAUAAAUUUUUAUAUUCUUAAGAGCAAUAGGUAGGAACUAAUAAUAAUAAUAUUAUAGUAAUAACUAUAAUUAUGUAAUUAUUAUAUAUUAUAUGUAAUUAUAUAAUAAUAAUAAUAAUUCCUAUGGUGCCCUAGAAAUGUUUUUCCCUUCCUGAUGAAAAUUUUGGGCUUAUUUUUAAAAUCUUAAUCUUGUCAUCCACCACUAUUUCCUUGUCCCCAACAUCAAAUGGGUUUUUGCCAGAAAACUGCAUGAUUUCUUUUUGCUGUUUGAUGCUGCGUUCACUGCAGACCUAGUUACCAGCAUCUACCAUAACCAAGCCAGGCCUGAAUACCGUUCCCUUGGAAGUUUUCACCACCAACUUUAUUAAAAUCCCUUUAAACUCAGUUGCAAACAAGUCACAGGCUGUGAACAUUGUAGACAACUUCCUUACUGCCCACUGUCCAAUAGUCUCUCCUAGACAUUUCCAAUGUGUUAACACUAAAACAUGGCAUUAUUUACGGAGUUCACACUCUAGAACUAGCCUAUUGGGUUGCCAAAAAUCAACUUAACAAACAGAAAACACCAAAAAUCUCGUAGUGCUUUAAGUAAGUUUACAGUUUUCCUGAGCCAGAUUCAUAUCAUCCUCUACCAGAGGCCUGGCAGCUCAGUUUCCAGUAGAGUCUCAUUGCCACAUAAAGCCUAAGGCUACACAUGCUUGUCUGCCUUCUGGUUCUGCUUACAACAGCCUCUUCUCCAUAUCUCCAACUGAUUAAAGUCUUUGCUCUAUGAAGGCUUGCAGCUUGCGGUUACCUGCCUACUGGGGCGUGGCCUCUUAUACUGUAUGUGCUGAUGCAGAGCCUGCUUCAGGCCCCUUUUCCCUCCUUUUUGCUGGCUGCUUGUUCAAAUUGUUGGGUUGCUGGAUUCGAUCUAUGUCUACUGUUCAAGCAGAGAAUUCUGAUUUGUGAGUUUACCUCUAAAUAAAUCACUAUUUCUCAUU